AUGGAGCAACCCCCUUCUUACACCAAUGAAAAAGACAACCCAGCCACAUAUUCCACGCAACAACAAGAACCUCAAAACCAAGGUUAUCCACUCCAACAUUACCCCCCACAACCACCAACAGCAAUGAUACAACAACAGCAGAGUAACAACACAACAGUUGUUGUCCAAAACCAACCUCAGCCUUCAGCUAUAAUGGUUCCAGUCGUCAACGAUCACUUGGGACUGUCUAUUUUUUCCUGUCUGUUUUGUCCUAUUUGGCCAAUUGGUCUUGUUGCCAUCAUCAAGUCAUUGGAGGUAAGAAAUCUUUACGUUGCCGGUGACUAUGCAGGUGCAAUUGCAUCAGCAGAAUCUGCGAAAAAACUGGCUGGUAUUUCUAUAGGCAUUGGAAUGUUUUUUUAUGUAGUGUCCAUAAUAAUCCACGCUAUCUAAACUAAAUGUACCAUUGUCACCCUUAAGAAUCCUACCAAGUUUUCAUGUAUUCGUUAUUAAUAAUUACUUUAAUACUUAUAAGUAAACAUCAGUUUAUAUAAUAAAAUUGUUUUCUUUUGUUGCAAGCCUUCGUUUCGACUUCACAGUAUAGGUACAAAGUUACCAUUAUAUAGAGAACGAUAAAUUUUAACAUUAAAUAUCAUUGGCAAUCGAACAUCUUUGAAAAAAAUUACGCGAUUAACUUAAACACACAGUGUAUGUGAAAUAGAAAACGUUAAUCAGACCAUCGCAAUAAAAAAAUGUUAUCCUUCGUCAUGCAGGCAACAAAAUAAGACAAAA